GCACCGUGGUCGUGCACUUUCUGCUGCAACCGUGACAAAUUUCCACGCUAGAAGCAAGAGCAACCCUCAAAUGAAGCGCCUCCCGCCACCUGGUCGCAGAACCGUUCGUCUCAUCAAAGACGUAAAAGCCGGAGAAGUGCUAACCGUUUCGUACCUAACUCCCGAAGACACCUACUCGCCAACAGCGGUCCGUCGAAUGCUACUGUGGAACAGCAAAGAGUUUUUCUGCAAGUGCGAGAGUUGUUGUACAAUAAAGGAGGAGCAAGACUCUUCGGAUGAAAGUGAGGCAUCGUCAUCUAAGGAGUCUGUCAAGUGCACUGCGGUUGCUCCUGAAACAGACAAGAGAGAUUUCUUGCGUGAUCGGCUGGUGCAAAGUCUCCUCUUGUCGAGUCCUACUGAGCGUGAAGCCGUUGUAGCCUCUUGGCCUGCGGAAAUGCAACAACUCGUCGCAACAAUGGGCCGGCCACAAGGCGCAAAUCAAUUUCUCAAGUUCCUAAUCGAGGAUGAAGUGGAGAGAACGGUGAAGAAAGACAUGAAAGGGCAAGGACGUCUUGGUGGAGGUGAUGUUGGUGCUGUUGUGGGCUCGUCGCAGGAUGUUGUUGCAAUGACGACCGCCCAAAAGCAGACUAAAGACCUAGGAAUACAUACGGGAAUGAGCACUUCUGCACCACGAAAGCAACGGGCAACAUUAGCAGGAAGCGCCUCAGGAACACCGUUUGAGUUCUCCUUCGCUCUGACUGAUGCUGAAAAAGCGUACGAAUCUGAGUGCGCUGAUUUCGAAAGAUGCGCCAAGAUUGGAAACAAUGGCCUCACAAUGUCCCGUCUCAAGCGCUUCAUAAACUUCGAGGAAAAACUACAAGAACCGCUUGAAUUAGGACUCAUUUUGAUAUCGGUGUUCGUGGUGUAGAUGGUGUUGAUACUCCUUCUCCUCUGGUAUUUGUAGAAAAGCAUAUAAUUCUCAGUCCGAUCCAUCGACCUAGGAAUAAAAAGAUCUCCGCCCGCCCCACCUGUUUAUCACUCGUUCCUCUUCUUCUUCUAAUCUCCACUUCGCACUACCUGCGGCAACGCUAUCUCGCUUUGAAGAUUCAAGCUUGCGGCGCAGUCGGAAACCAGCGACGCGGACCUUUUAUCGAGUAUUGCGAGAAUAUCGAGACAAAAUUUGGAAUCUAUCAUCCGUACACAGGUAUGAGCUGGGAAGAGUUCUGGGAUGAAGAGAUUGAAGGUGCAACAAAUCCUGUUUCUUCGGAUGCCCCAACGGUUGCGAGGAAGAUUUUAACGUCUUGGGGAACCAGCUUGGGCGAAAAUCAUUCGUGGAUGGAGCAUUUUAGAGAAAAAUGCAAAGGUAUGGGUGUCAGGAUAAGCAUGUAAAACAACUACGGCACAGGAACAAGAUGUAGUUGGUAGUAGAAG